AUGCUCACAGGGACUGCCUAUCCCCUCAGGAUCCUGUACCUGCGAGUACUUGUUCCUAUCCUCAGUGAUGUAAUCCGAGAAGCAGAAACUGUCAGUGAACCAAGCACUGUACUCAUGCAACAGUCAAUCUCGGUAAUCGAUAUUCAGCACGCCUCAUUCCUUCAUUCCAUUGGGCAUGUGGUCGCGAAGGGACCACUGCAAGUAUUCUCCGCCCGAUGGCAGACUCUGUGUUCGUUCAUCUUCAUCCGGCGGUGGUCAAGUUUCGCAUCCGUAUGUCACAUAGUUCACUUCGAAUUUUCGAAACGCCUCGGCAGUGAUACAUCUGACCAUGGCCUGCGAGAGGCGCCACUUGCGGCGAAAAAAUGA